AAAAGUGUAAAUCUCCCCUUUUAGUGUUUUUUUUUUCAUUUCACUAAAACAACAAAUUAAUUGAAACAGUGAUUUGACAUCAUUCACUACUUAUUAUUCAUUCAUGACAUUUUAUAGACCUGAAAAUAAUCAGUUAAUCCAGAUGAAUUCAUGAUGGACUGCCUGUUUGUAGCAGCCACAUUAUCAUGAUUAUUAUUAUCACUAGUUGUCUCUGUCCAAGUUUAGUUCUCAUGUCCAACAUUAUGUCCAUAAACUGCUUAUUUCUUUCAGUUCGACCUUCAGUCCAAAACCCACAAGAUCAGACUUACACAACCAUUAAGAUUUCCACAGAGACAGUGAAAUUUCCCAGCUUCGGCUCGGUCCGUGAAGUAGAUAAAAACUUGGUCAACAAGCCGCCAGUGAGGAGCUUUCAGCCCGGGGACUUCUUCUCCAGUUUGUACCGCGGAUUAUCUGUUCAUCGUUACACAACUCGGUGUAGACCGCCAGGAAGCCGUCGCUGUCGUGUUGUAAGUUCGGCCGGUGGAAGCGGAGCUGAGAGAUGCCGCUUCUCCACAGAAAAGCGUUCAUCCGACAGAGACCUCCGGCGGACCUGCGGCCGGACGAGGAGGUCUUCCUCUGUAAAAUCACCCACGAAAUCUUCAGGACCUACGAUGAGUUCUUCGAGAGGACCAUCCUGUGUAACAGUCUGGUGUGGAGCUGUGCUCUGACGGGUCGAGCGGGCCUCACUUACCUGGAGGCGGUGGAGAGUGAGCGGCGGGCGAAGCAGAGUCUCCAGAGCUUCCCUCAGUCUCUGGUGGUGCCUCUGCUCCACCUGGCUGCUCUGAGCCGACGCUGCAGACUGACGGAGCUCUGCGAGGACGUCUACACCUUCGUCAAGGACCGAUUCUUCCCUGGAGAGACGGUCGACGUCGCAGGACGCAACGGAGCCAGACAUAUGUGUGAGAUCCUGCAGGUUAAUUCGCCUCAUUCCAGCGCUAACGGCCACACCAGGCCGGCCGAUGGAGACACCAUCGUCAUCAGUGACAGCGAUGAUGAGGGCAAGGCCUUCCAGAGUCCCACAUCACAGGUCAACGGCAGGAAGAAGAAGAAGCCUCUGAGUCCGUCAGUGUUUAAAUACACAGUGAGGAUGAUGAAGGAUGAACACAGCGAGCCGUUCACUGUCAAAGCCAAUCAGAUCAGUCGUAGGAAGACGACUCUGUCCAAAGAGCGACUGAAGCUGCUCUUCAAACAGCACUGUGAACCUCAGAAUGGGACCAUCGCACUCAAGCCCUCCACAGUGAUGAAGUACCAACUGUCUGAACAGACCUUCUCUCAGUUCUUCCCCGAUGAGCCCCCCCUGUUCCCCUUCAGCCCCCCCCCUAAAGGGCGUGGCUCACCUGGUCAGGCGGGUUCGUCGUUGCUGAAGGCGGCGGAGGAGAAGCUGAAGCUGCUGCAGCAGAGGGAGGAGAUGUCGGCUGCAGCUCAGGACAAAGCUCGACUGAAGAAGGAGAAGGAGGAGGCGCAGGAGGCCAAGAGGAGGGAGAGGGAGGACAAGGAGAAGAUGAAGGAGGAGCAGAGGAGGAAGUUUGAGGAGGAGAAGCAGAGGAGGAGGGAGGAGAAGGAGCGCAGGAAGCGGGAGAAGGAGAGGGAACGAGAGAAACUGAAGGAGGAGAAGAAGAAAUACGCUGAACGACUGAAACUGUGGAACAAACCCAGAGAAGACAUGGAGUGUGAAGACCUGAAGGAUCUGCCCAGUCCGGUUCCAGUGAGAACCCGUCUUCCAGCAGAGCUCUUUGGAGAAGCUCUGAUGGUUCUGGAGUUCUUGCGGGCCUUCGGCGAGGUCUUCGACCUGAAGGACGAGUUCCCUGAUGGAAUCUCUCUGGAGGUUCUAGAGGAGGCUCUGGUGGGUUCUGAUCCUGAAGGUCCUCUGUGCGAGCUGCUGUUCUUCUUCCUGUCGGCCAUCUUUCAGGCUCUGGACGAGGAGCAGGAGGAGGUGGCCAAAGACCAGGCUGAAGACCUGUCCGAGGCCCUGGACGACGACUCUGAUCCCACCCAGUCGGCUCUGAGCGCCGUCGCCUCAUUGGCCGCGGCGUGGCCUCAGCUGCAUCAGGGCUGCGGCCUGAAGCAGCUGGACCUGGACAGCUGCACGCUGUCCGAGAUCCUGCGGCUGCACAUCCUGGCGUCCGGCGCGGACUGUAACCACGGCAACGCCAAGCUCCGCUACCAGAAGCAGGGCGGGUUCACUCUGAUGGACGACCCGUGCGUCGAGCUGCGAUUGGCCGAGCCGGCGCUGCUGAAGAGGCUGUCGUGCACGGCGGUGUACGACCUGACACCAGGGGAGAAGCUGAGGAUCCUGCAGGCUCUGGUGGGGAAACUCCUGACGUUGGCGUCCAGCAGAGAUGUGAUUGAAGACUGUGUGGAGGAGCAGAGAGGAGCCAGACAGGAGCUGAGGGAGAUCAGAGCUGAACAACACCGCAGAGAGAGAGAGGAGGCUGCACACAGGGUUCGCCUUCGUAAAGAGGAGAAGCUGAGGGAGCAGGAGCAGAGGCUGAAGGAGAGGGAGGAGAAACUGAAGGAACAGGAGGAGAAACUGAAGGAGCAGGAGGCGAAGGGAGGACACCAAACAAACAGGGAGACUCAACAACACGCUGAGGAAGACGAGGAGCACAACUCUUCCUCCAACAAGAAGAAGAUGAAAGCUAAAGUCAACCAGAAAGAAAAACAGCAGCAGCAACAGACGACCUCUGACCCCAAACCCCAGUCCUGCCCCCCCACCGGCCUGACGGCAGAGGAGCUGGAGAAAGAGCAGGAGAAGGUUCGAGAGCUGCAGGAGCGGAUCCAGAAGGCGGCGGCCUGCACCUGUCUGCUGCCCCUGGGCCGAGACCGGCUGUACCGCCGAUACUGGCUCCUCCCCUCGGCCUCCGCUCUGUUUGUGGAGGACGACUGCUUCGGCCUGACGGAGGACAUGCUGCAGCCACAACCGAAACCUGCACACGUCACAACAACCAAGAUGGAGGACGAGGAGGUCGUCAAGGACGAGCCAGCGGAGGGAAGCACUGGCUCAAGCCCCGCCCCCCUCCACACCUGUGGCCCGCCAGUCAACCGUCCCAACCAAUGGUCUUUCUACAGCUCAGUGGAAGAGGUGGAUCAGCUGAUCGAGGCUCUGAACCCUCGAGGUCACAGAGAGAGCGGCCUGAAGGAGGCGCUGCUGCAGGAGAGAGAGAGGCUGCAACAGCUGCUGCAGAAGUGUGACAGCAGCAAAUACAGACACACAGAUGAUCCGGAGUUGUCCCAAUCCGUCCCAGAAUGCAUUGCUGCAGCUGAGACUUUUAUGGAGGUCAGACUGAGAGACCUGCUGCUGGACAUCGAGGACCGCAUCCACCAGGGAACUCUGGGAACUCUGAAGGUGAUGGACAGACAGGUGUGGCGCUCUGCGUUGGAAGCAGGAAACUACGAGCUGCUGUGUUCUGACAGAGAGAGCGGAGGGAUGAACGGACGAGUGGAGGCCAUGGAGGUGGAGUCGAACCACCUGAGAGCCAGAGACAGACUCCAGGAGCUGAGGUCGGACGGCGUGGCGGCCUGUGGGACCAGCGGCAGUGGGACUCCUCAGGUUGUCAGCAGCUCAGUACGAAUCCUGGCUCAGGCCCUCGUUCACAUUGAGCAAGGCAUCGAGAGGCGCUUCCUCAAAGCGCCGCUGGGUGAAGAAGAGUCAAAGAAAGACCUGAAGACAAAGAAGAACAAGAAGAAAGACGAGGACCAGGCCAGUGAUGACGGCAGCGACAGCGGUCGGGUCAUUAAGACGGUGUUGGAGCGGUGGAGGGAGUCUCUGCAGUCCUGCUCCAGUCUGUCUCAGGUGUUUGUUCACCUGUCCAGUCUGGAGCGGAGCGUCCUCUGGUCCCGCUCCGUCCUCAACGCUCGCUGUCGCAUCUGCAGACGCAAAGGAGACGCCGACAACAUGCUGCUGUGUGACAGCUGUGACCGAGGACACCACACCCACUGCCUGAGGCCCCGCCUCAAGGCGGUUCCAGAGGGCGACUGGUUCUGUCCAGACUGUCGACCCAAACAGAGAUCCAGCCGCGUCCCGUCCCGUCAGCGCUCCUCUAUUGACGAGGAGGAGGAACAGGAGGAGGAUGAAGAGGAGGAAGAGGAGGAGGAAGAGUCAGAGGAGGAAGAGGAGGAGUCAGAAGAAGAGGAGGAGUCAGAGGAGGAGGAGGAGGAAGAAGUAGUCGUGAGCACCAAGAGGAGCCAGGCCCCGCCCCCUAAAGGCAAGAGCCAACAGGCCACGCCCAAGAGCCAACAGGCCACACCCAAGAGCCAACAGGCCACGCCCAAGAGCCAACAGGCCACGCCCAAAAAUGCCACCUCAGCAGGGAAAAACUCAUCUGCCUCCAAGUCCUCAGGUAAAAAGGCCACACCCCCUACAUCGAAGCCCAGUGCGGCGUCCGGCGGUAAAGCUCCACCACGCUCCGGAAGUCGGAACAGCGCUCGUCUGAGCCACGAGAUCCUGGCACCAAAUGGCAACACCAAAACCUCACCUGGUCAGGCCGAGUCCCGCAAGAGACCGCCAACAGAUGCUGCUCCCCCUCCCAAACCCUCCAGACCUGUCCUCCCCCCGGCCUCCUCGUCUUCCUCCUCCUCCUCGUCUUCCUCCAGCCGACGCUCCUCUGGGAGGAACCAUGGCGUCCACGAGCUGUCGGCCUGCGAACAGCUGACCGUGGAGCUCGUCCGACACGAGGACAGCUGGCCCUUCAUGAAGCUGGUGUCCAGGACUCAGGUGCCCGACUACUAUGACAUCAUCAAGAAGCCGAUCGCUCUCAGCACCAUCAGAGAGAAGGUCAACAACUGUGAAUAUCAGACAGCAGGUGAGUUCAUCUCAGACGUGGAGUUGAUGUUCUCCAACUGUCUUCAGUACAACCCUCGUCACACUAACGAGGCCAAGGCCGGUCACCGCCUGCAGCAGUUCUUCCACUCGGAGCUCGGCAGACUCGGCCUAUCGGAGCGCGGCUCCGCCCCGCCUGCCAAGCGCACCCGACACUGAACCAAACGCACCCUCCGACCUCACCGCCGUCCACUCUGCUGCAUAUUGAUUGGUCCAGGGGCCGGAAGUGGGCGGGAUGUAGAAGAUGUGAUUGUUUCCCUCCUGAUGGACAGACUCGGCGUCGAUAAUAAUCCAGGGUCGCUCCUUCGUGACCUCUGACCCCAGAGAGCGUCGGCCACAGCGGUCUGAACCGACAGUGUGUCGUUCACAAAAACACACAAAUCAAAGUGUUUCCAGCUGUUUGUAAAGAGACGGCAGGGGUCAAAGGUCAUGAAGUUCAGCAUGAAAAGGAACCAAACAUUAAAUUAAUGUUAAACCAGUUAAAGUUACUCAGAGGUAAAACUCUGGAGUCUGAGUUUGUUUUGAAUCAGACUGUUAUCGCCAUUAUGUUUGGAGGCUCCGCCCUCUCACCUGCUCGCCUCAUCGGGAGCUUCACUCUCAAAAAAACCACAACAAACAAACCUGGAAAAAAGUUGCAGCUACUGUGAGUUCAUAAACCCGUAGAGAAGUCGUGGCGUAGAUUUCCUCCGACCUGCUGACGUUCAGGGCAUUUAUCUCCCGUCUGUGUGGACGGACGGCGACAUGUAGCACAGACACAUUCCUGUAGAGACGUAGAGUCCCAGCUGAUGUCUCCUUUCAUCCAGAGAAGCAAAAACCACUAAAGAAACUUCAGCUUUGCACUGACAAUAAAAAAAAAAAAAGAUGAAAUCAGGCCGUUUGUUUGCUCAGGGACGAAAUUUUUGAUUUGAAUGAUGAAUAUUUUGUAACAGUGCAGCUGGUUUUCACUGAAGCAGAGCGGCCGCGGCGGCUGCAGCGGCGCGAGGCUCGUUAUCACGUCUGUACGGAAGCCCGAGGCUGCCAAACUUAAAAUGAACUCAACAAAUUGAGAUGUGAUGUGUGACAAACAAUUUAGUUUUAAAAUCCAAGGAUCAUGUUUAAAAAGGCUGGAAAACACAUUCAGAUUAAAUCUUCACUGAUAAAAGACGUUGCUGAUAUUAAUGAAAUAAACUUGUUGUUUUAAAUUGGCAGAAGAUUGAAAUGUCAAUGAAAAAAAGAUGAAAAGAAAUUAUCUAAAAUUGAGACAAAAUUAAAAUGUGAAAGUCCAGUUUUCCUGUCGUGAACAUUUGAAACUGAAACUUUACUUUUAGUUUCUGAAAAUUUAUUUGAUUUUGGAUUUAUUCAUUUAUUUUAUUUUUUUUUCACGUUUUUGACCUUCAUCAGAUGAAAUUCAUGAAUUCUACGUCACGUUUGUCUGAGGUUUAUUUUUCUGAAGAGACUGAACUUGAAAAUGAAAAUUGGAUUUUUAAAAGUCUGUCACACAGUUUGAGUUUAUUUUUAAUUUUGGCAGCUGCUGGUUGAUCUUUUAUCUUCAGAUAUCAAGCACACACACACACACACACACACACACACACACACACACACACACACACACACACACAGCUCCCCUCAGUCUGAUCUCCCAGUUUGAGACGUGAUCAACAUUUAAUUAAACUAAUGAUCUUGAGAAAACUGUUUAAAAAAUUUAAAAAACCACAGAAGAAGAUCAGCGAGUUGUGACGUACACUCAGUGUCCACUUUAUUAGGUACACCUGUACAGUCUAAUACAGCCAUGUUAGUUCUGUCGUCUGUGCUGCACUGGAUUAUAUUCAGAGGUGUUCCUAAUAUUCUGACUCUCAUAUGAAAACAGGAAGUGUGACAUCACCUGACGACGUGACGAGCUGUGUGCACGUGUUGUCGUACAGGUGCAGCUCAUAACGUGGACACUGUUUCAGAUAUGAAAAUGUGAAUGAGUCUGAAAUGUUUAAAAGCAGCAGAACAAACGAGCUCCGUCACUUCAACACCUGGUUUAAUGAGAACGAGCCUUAAAGGAACAGUUCCGCAUUUCACCGUCUCUGUGUUCAGAGUCGAAACGUGAUUCAUCAGUUACUAAACUGAAAACAACCUCCAGCUGUUCGGAUCAUUUAGCUUAGUUUAGCUUAGCAUAAAGACUGGAAGCACCUAAACCAAACUCUGACUUGAGAACACAGAAAGGAGAACGUCUGGAAAUGUGGGACUGUUCCUUUAAGAACCUGAGCUGCUGUGGCCUCUGUGGACUUGUAGUUUUUCUGUUUUGACUACUGCGACUUUUCCUGCUUUAGACUGUUUGUUUGAGUUUGGCUGCAUUCUCCAGUCGUUUUUCCUCCUGUGUGUGUGUGUGUGUGUGUGUGUGUGUGUCUGAGUGAGUGAGUGUGUGUGUGUGUGUGU